AUGGUCAGCUUUCGUGACUCUUCGGUCGUCAUCAUCGAGACGAGCCGCACACAGGUCAAGGCCGGUCUUGGUCUUCAUGAGCUCCUCAAGACGCCUUCGGUGGACAUCCAAGCGCGGGUAGGUCUGCGCAAAAGUGCGGGCGAGAGCUCGAAUGCGAAUGGCCGUCCAUCGCUACAUCCCCAGGACAGCGCAGACAACGUUCGCGGCUCCUCGCCCGCCCGUGCAUCCUCACUCCCGCACCAGCCCAGCCCCCAUGCCAAAGUGAACGACUAUCUUGUCGGCACCCAGCUCGACGAAGCACUUGCGUCCGGCCAAGACGUCGCUGUCUCGUGGCCGUUCGCCGAUGGCUCCGUCAGAGACUGGGUCCAAGCAGAAGCCAUCUGGAAACACGUCCUAUUCACGCAACUCCAGCUCCGCCGCGCGCAAAACGAGUCCCCCGUCAUGCUCUCCAUCGCCCCCGGCCUCUCGCGCGACGCCUGCGAGCGCAUCGGCCAGAUCUUCUUCGAGCGGUUCAACGUCGCCGGCUUCGCGCUCCUCGAGCGGCCCGCCGCGCAGCUGUACGCCGCGAACGCGCUCAGCGGCGUCGUCGUCGACAUCGGCAUGGAGUUCACGGACGUCGCGCCGCUCUACGAGGGCGCCCCCGUCGCCCCCGCGCGCGCGAGCACCCCCGUCGGCGCGCGCGACUGCCAGGCGUACCUCGCGCACCUCCUCCGCGCGAACCCGAGCGUCGCACAGGCCGCGCGGCUCCCCGAGGACCGCGCGGACCCCGCGUUCAAUGCCGCGUGGAACUUUCUGUGCGAUCUGGCGCGGUAUCUGUGGGAGGAGGGGCUUGUGCGUGUGCCGUCGGACGGGCAGACGGCGUUUGAGCUCGCGCCGGAGGAGGACGGUGUGACGGACAUCGCGGCGGUCGUUAUGGCGGGCAAGGAGCGCGCGGUGAUUGAGCUGGGGAAUAAGAAGAAGGCGAAUCCGAAGGCGAGUGCGGCGGAGCAGGCGCGCGCGAAGGAGAUCGAGGCGAUGGAUCUUGUCGCUGUGCAGUUCCGCGGGCAUGCGUUGACGAUUGGCAAGGAGCGCCAUCGGCUGUGCGAGCCGCUGUUUGACCCGACGCUGCUCAGGAAUUUGCCUGGCGUGGAUCCGGGGCGCGAUGUUAGUGAGGUGUUGCCGAUACAGGACACUGUGGCGAUGGCCGUGGCUGGGGCGGACGUGGACCAGCGCCAGUAUAUCUGGCAGGGUCUGUUUGUCACUGGUGACCUCUCGAACCACGUAAAGGGCAUCCCGUCAGCCCUGCAGUCGCGGAUAUCCUCUUAUCUCAUUGCGAGCACCUCUUCCGAAGUCCCCAAUGAGAUCCAGCCGCGCUCAACAAAAGUGCUCAGUGUACCAGAGUACUUUGCGGAAUACCGUGAAAAAGGCGAUGGGCUGGCCGCUUUCCUCGGCACGAGCAUUGUCGCAAAAAUAUCGUUCCACGACUCGCAGAGCAAGAACUUUGCGUCAAAGUCGGACUAUAACGAAAAGGGUCCAAAGGCGGUCAUUGAGAUGUCUCCCUCGCUGUUGUAG